AUGGCAGAAGUUACUGAAGAGGUAAUGGACGACCCGUUGGACCCUAGCUUCACAAAGGCUAGCAAAUUUCUCGAGCACAGUACGGAUCUUUUUAAGCAGGAGCAGUUGUUACAGUUCUAUGGGUUGUACAAGCAGGCGACCGUUGGGCCGUGUAAUAUUCCAAAACCCGCCAUAUAUAGCAUGGCGGCACGGGCUAAAUGGUACGCCUGGGAUAAGGUAAAAGCUCUCGAUCCGAUUGCAGCUAAAAUGGAGUACGUUCGGCUGAUGGAUGAGCUUGCACCGAACUGGUGCGAAAAAAGCGCCAGCGAUGUGGCGUGGGUGUCAGUUUCCCGGCCGAAGCGUUUGUCGGAAAGUUUACCUGAUGAGACGAACAAGUCACUGAUCGAUCGUAUCAAGGAGGAUGACUUGGAUGGCGUACGCAACAUGAUCCUGCACGAGGACAGUACGGUUUCAGUGAACGUACUCGACCAUGAAGGACUCGCCGCUAUACACUGGGCUGCGGAUCGUGGGAAUGUAGACAUUCUCGCCAGCUUGCUCACCAUCGAUGGAAUUGAUAUCAAUCUGCAAGGCGGUGAUGGUCAAACGGCUUUGCACUACGCAUCCAGCUGUGGCAACAUCGAAUGUCUCAAACUACUUCUUAAACACGGCGCAGACCGUAGCAUUCGCGAUGAAGAAGGAGAAACUUGCAGUGACGUUGCUUAUAAUCAAGUAAUAAAAGCUUGCCUCAUGUGA